UCUCUCCGCUCCCUCCCCCGGGCUGCAGGAGUUGUAGGAGGUUAACGUGACUGUGAGAGCUGUACUUUAAAACAGCACGGCGGGCCGAACUCACACAUUCAGACACACUCACAGCCGAGAAAUCACACUGAAACAUAAGGUCAAUCCCUCUGGAUUUCUAUAUGGAUCUGGGACUGUAAACAAUUUCAAGAGGGAGAUAUCAGAUUUGAAUAAAAGGUGUAGGACUGUAGAAGAAGGCACCUGGGCUCACAGAGGAGAUGGAUGCAGGCCCGUUGGCAUCAGUGGCCGAGGGCUCUCCGGAAGGGGAGACCGUGUGUGCCGCUUUGGCCCGCUAUGAAACCACAUUGCGGGAUGCGGUGCGUGAGAUCCACGUGGACGUCAGCGCUUUCAAGCUGGGCAUCGAGCGGAGACUAGAAGAGGCCAUUAAUGUGAGCGGACCUCUGGGCCGGGCCGUGGCCCUACUGCAGCAGGAGAACCGGCAGCUCAGGGGUCAGUUAGAGGCCCUGACCCGGCAGGUAGAGAUGCUCACGGGGUCCGUGUGCGACAGAAGCGCACUUCUCACUGAAGGAUCUGCGCCACCACAGAGCAACAGCAGCACCGCGGGGCAUCAGUCUCCUCCGUCUGCGGCCCCGAGCGUAGCAGCUCUGACCGGCUCCGCCAGCGGCUCUGCCUCCAGCCCCACCGCCACGCGCUUCUCCAGCAGAGCCACCUUCUCCGUCACCAGCAAAACUAACAGUGUUGAGCGAGAUGAGCCCAUUGAAGUGGAUCCAGCACCAAUUUCCCAAAGCUUGGAGAAUGGACACUUGUCCUCAACAGAAAGCUCCACUAUGCCUUUGAGGAGAAUCUCACCACUCAACGGUGUGUCACAGGAACACUCUGCCCCUGUUUCGAUGGCGAUGCCACACCUGCCAAUCACAGCAACCACCAAAGUGGCUGACUCAGCAGUUAUGAAGAGUCCUGAGUCUCCUGGUAGCCCGAUGCAAGCCACACCAUCAGCCAUAACAGAUUCACUGACAAACAGUCAGCCGGUCAGCAGUAAUAACCAGCCACAACUAGAAUCCCCAGUACAUGCAGUAUCGUCUGUGAAAACAUGGGCUCCAACUCCUGCCAGGACUAUGGGUUCUCCACGGCUUAGUGAGAAAGCAUCUUCGGCUCCGGCAAAGUCAGUGACUUACUCUGGGCUUUUCCCACAUAGUACAGACAGGAACGUGGAUACAUCAGGAGAUUUAUCCUUUGGUAGAGGUAUUGAGCGCAGACGGGAGCUUGUGAGGUCCCAGACUUUACCCCGAAACAUUGGAGCACAGGCUCGCAGAUCCAUUUUUGAGAGGCUGGACUCUGAGAACAACAGUCGGCCCAAGCCUGUGGAUUCCAAACCCAAGCUGAAACGCUCUCAGAGUUUUGGAGUAUCCAGCGCUAGCAGUAUCAAGCAGAUUCUUCUGGAAUGGUGUCGAUCCAAGACCAUUGGGUACCAGAACAUCGACAUUCAAAACUUCUCAUCCAGCUGGAGUGACGGCAUGGCAUUCUGCGCCCUGGUCCACUCUUUCUUCCCCACAGAGUUUGACUACAACAUCCUGUCCCCUGCAGACCGCAAACAUAACUUUGAGCUGGCAUUCAGCACUGCAGAGAAGACGGCUGGCUGCGAUAGGCUCAUUGAAGUGGAGGACAUGAUGGUGAUGGGAAGAAAGCCAGACCCCAUGUGUGUCUUUACUUACGUCCAGUCACUAUAUAAUCACUUGCGCAAGUUUGAGUGAGAUCUCGGCCCCCUUAGCCCCAGCUGAACACUCUGCACUGUCCCCUGCUGGACAAAACUGAACUCUGAUAUAGUCACUAUGGUAUGGGGUUGCAAAAUGUCUACGGGAGCCCACACAAUUUCAAGCAUGACGCUUCUACGGUUGCAUUUUAGUCAAGAAAAGGUCAUUGACUAUUUAUAUGUGUAUGGCACGCUCUUUUUAGAAUGGUGGCCUCUGAUUUAUUACUAAACAGCUUGAAGUUAAUGGAAUAGUUCAGCCCAAAAUGAAAAUGAGCUUAUCUUUAGAUGUUUCUUUGUUGGAAAUAGAUUUGGGGAUAUGUAGUUCUCCAAAUCUUUUCUUCACCGUUGGAUGCUCUGCAGUAAAUGGGUGCCGUCAGAAAUUAAGAGCUCAAACGGCUGAUGAAAACAUCUAAAUAAUUCACAAGUAGUUCUUGCGAAUUCAGACCAUGAACUGACGUCUCAAGUGCUGCAUGUUUGUAAGAAACAAAUUUUACUUUAAAAUACGAGUUCUCUGUCAAAAUUUUAGCUUUCGUCAAUGAAAAGGUCAUCUCGUCUUCAUCAGGUAAGAAACAGAAUAGAAUAGACAGUCCAAAGCCUUUCUAAACAAACAUGUUGGUGCAUUUUGAUGUAAGGAGGACAACAGGGGAUGGACUUUUAUAACACAGGAAGUCUGGAUUGUGGACUUCUAUUUUGGCCAAAAACAAUGACGGUUAGGUUAAAUAACCCUUGAUGAAUUUGUUUAUCAAAGCAUGUAGCUUUGUGAUGUCAAUAUAGACUUGAGAGAGAGUCAUGUGGAUUACUUUUGGAUUAUUGUGAUGUGUUUAUCAGAUGCUUGACCAUACCCAAACCCCUACACAGGAUCUAUUGGAAAGCAAGUAAUGUAAUGCUAAAUUUCUCCAAAUCUGUUCUCCAUAAGAAAACACAAGGGUCAGUGCAUUUUUUGUUUUUGGGCAAACUACUAUUUCAAGUGCAGUGGAUUAUAGAGACAUGUUACAGACUGCAAAGAUACACAGAAACCUAGUAGUGGAUUUCAUACGAAUGAAACAUAGAAAAAUAGAAAUGUACAGAAAAUGAGGUACAAUAUAUCUUUUGUUUUCAAAUAGACUGGCACAUUUUUUGUAUAACUAUGUCUUUUUUUUUGUUUGUUUUAAUUUUCAGAGGCAUAAGAGCAGUGUUUCAUAUGCCACCCUAAGUUGCACAUUUCUGGUUGUCUUUAUACUGUGUUUCUGUAGCUUUGCCAAAGCUUAGACACACACACGUGCAUGUGCAGGAAGUACAGCACACAACAUACAGUAAGCACUGGAUCUGCUUUAUAACCAGAAAUGCUGUAAACCUGGUUAAACAAAGCUGGACUCUCCAAAGUGAGCGUUACCAGGGAGUGUGAUAUAAUAAAAUGUGGUUGGUUUUUUUUUUUUUGGAAUGUUUUUUAUUUUAUAUUUUCUUGUAAAGAAAGGAAAGGGAAAAAAGACACUUUCCCACACAACAUCUUGUGAGUCAGUAACAAUCACAAUAAACAUCAAAGCACAAACCA